GAAAUUUUCCCUAUAAAAGAAAAUAAGUAAAUGCACCUACCGGAUUCCUGCGUCCCUCGACUCUCCCGAAAAGCGCGAACGGACCUUAAUAAAAAGUCGAGCGAAAAGGGUUAUCGUCACGAAAAGCAAGGGUAUCUGGCCGUGUUCAAAGUUACUCUGGAAGCGAUUCAUGAGAAUAUUUGAUCAGAGAUAACUAUGAAACCUUUCAGAGAGGUUCGAACUUCGAACUAGUAUUCCACAAUUAGGUUUUUUUCGAGUACAAAUAUCGGGGGAGAAAUUGGAGAAUUAUUUUUGGUGAAGAAUGAACAAAUGAGGAAUUGAAGGAAAAGAAAAUACUGCUUCGCGCCGGAAGAAGCUUGAAUCUUUCACCUUCUGGUAUCGCAUUCUACGGUUUUUAGUUAAAUACGUCUUUUGAUGUUACGGGAAAGGCAAUAGCACAACGGCACAACCAACACCAUUUAUGCUUAGUGCAUAUAACAUUGGCACCGCUUUGGGUCGUUCGAUCUAAUACACCUGAUCCAACCACCUGAUACCCGGUGUUUUAUUGGCAAACAAUUAUCCAGUGAUCAAAUACCUUUUGGCUAUUUAAAAAUUGUUAAUGAAAUUCAUGGAACUUGGUGGAGUUUCCGGCAUGAACUUACCGAUUCGUUCUUUACUUGUCUCUGCAAUCAAGAGCUCCACAAACCAGAAAUCUCUUUCAAAUGGGAAGUCUGUCCAUGGACAGAUCAUCAAAUUGGGAUUCUUACCAGAAAUCCAACUAUUCAAUCAUCUUUUGAAUCUGUAUUCCAAGUGCUCAGAUUUCGUAUCUGCUCAGAAAAUCUUCGAUGAAAUGCCUGAGAGAAAUCUGAUAUCUUUUUCCACCUUCAUCUCUGGAUAUUCCCAAUCUGAUGCACCUCAGUUGGCCUUGAAUCUCGUACCGCAUUUGCAGGAACACGGGCUUAGCUUGAACCAAUUUGUCUUUUCAAGUUUGAUUCUGGCGUGUUCAAAACUGAAACGAGUUAACGAAGGAAAGCAAAUCCAUGCUCAGGUGAUAGUCUCUGAUUUUGAAGCAGACCCAUUCGUGAAAACCUCUCUGGUUGAUAUGUAUUCGAAGUUUGAUGACCUCGAGUGUGCAGUUUCUGUUUUCAAUUCAAAUCCAAUAUGUGAUCCGGUAUUGUAUAAUUCUAUGAUUUCUGGAUUUGUGACAUCCUGCGCUUAUGAAGAAUCACUCGAAUUGUUUUCAGAGGCACGGCGUCAUAUUGAUUUAAGGCCUACAGAGUUUACAUUUGGAAGUAUAAUUAACGCUUGCUCCAAUUUGAAAAGAGAGGUAGGUGAGCAGAUCCAUGGAUUUACCAUAAAGAUCGGAUUGGAUUCCAACUGUUUUGUUGGGACUUCUCUCAUUGACAUGUACGGUAAACUGGGUGAUAUGGAAAGUUCGAAAAAGAUUUUCCACGGCAUCACAUCCGUCGACCUUGCUUUGUAUAAUUCAAUGAUUGUUGGGUUUUCUAAUAAUGAUCUCCAUGAAACUGCAUUGGAGUUCUUCAACAAAUUGACGUUAGAAUGCUUUAGUCCUGAUGGCCGUACUUUUUCUAGUGCUCUUAAAGCUUGUGGCGGUUUGAAGUGUUUACCUUUGGGGCGAGAAAUCCAUGCAGUCAUCCUAAAGUCCAAGUUUUGGGAAGAUUUAAUCAUCAAUACUGCUUUGAUUGACAUGUACGUGAAAUGUGGGUGCUUGGAGCUAAGUUGUAGGCUGUUUGACUCCAUGCCUGAAAGAAAUACUGUUUCAUACAAUUCCAUGAUUUUAGGACAGGGGCAAGCUGGUAACUUUGACAAAGCAAAGAUGCUAUUCAUUGAUAUGAAUCAACAGGGUAUACAUCCCAACCAUGCCACAUUUGUUGUGUUGAUGAAUUCAUGCCCAGGGAACCACUGGAGUAUCUAUGCUCAUGCAGUUAAGUGGAGUUUUGGAUUGGAUUUGACAGUACAAAAUACAUUUUUGGAUGGUCUAAUCAAGGUGGGUGCAGUUUCUGAAGCACAAUGGUUUUUCAAUAAGAUGCAUGAAAGGGAUGUUGUUUCCUGGACUACAAUUUUAUCUGGUUUGUCUCAGUUAGGUUUGGAUUUUGAUGCAUUGGUGCUCUUUAAGGAGAUGCAAAUAGAAAGGGUCUGCCCUAAUAGCUUCACUUUUUCGAGUGUUUUAAAGGCCUGUGGGAGUCUAGCUGAUUUGGAACAAGGGAGAUGUAUCCAUGGAUGUAAUAUAAAGCAUGGGGUUGUAGAUAAUUUCACAAAUAGCUCUCUUUUAGACAUGUACGCUAGAUGUGGAUCCUUGGAGGCAAGCUAUAAAAUAUUUGAGGAAUUAUCAAAAACAGAUAUAGUUUCAUGGAACACUAUGAUCACAGCAUGUGCCCAACAUGGAAAUGGCUUAGAAGCUCUAAAGCUUUUGGAAAAGAUGGAGAUGCAUGGAGUUGAACCAAACCAAACAACUUUUACCUCUUUGUUAUCUGCUUGUAGCCAUUGUGGUCUAGUAGAUGAGGGAAUUAAUGUUUUUGAAUCAAUAAUCUGUAAGCAUGGUAUGGUGCCCACCAUGGAGCACUAUGCAUGCAUGGUUGAUAUGCUUGGUAGGGCUGGGAUGCUGGAGAAGGCUAAAUGCUUGAUUGAUAACAUGCCAUAUGAACCUGAUGCACUAAUUUGGAGGACACUCUUAGCUGCUUGUAAGCUUCACAGUAAUGUCAAUUAUGCGCAGCUCGCAAAAGACUGCAUUUUGCAUGUAGAAGGUAAAGACCGCCCAUCUCUCAUUUUAAUGUCUAAUAUUUAUUCUGAGUUGGGCAAGUGGGAUGAUGUAGAAAGAAUAAGAAGGAGAAUAAGAGAUGAAAGUUGUGGAAAGAUACCUGGAGUGAGUUGGGUGCAGAUAAAAGGGGGUUAAGAGGAUCAUGAUUUAUUAUAUUCUUCCCUCAACCACAUUAAGUUUUCCUGGUAAGGAAAAGAGGGCGAGAAAUCUAGAAAUGGAAAGUACAAAUAGCAGUUAAAAUCAUCAUGGGUUGGAACUCUGCUCCUCUUUUCCCACAAGCAAAACAGGAUCAAACUCCAGUCAUUGUCUAAUCCCUUUGGGGCAGUUUGUAGGCUUGUAGCUAGUUAUAUCAGGAUGGGAAUACUCUAAACCCAAAUCUUCCAUGUCAACCAAUUAAUCAUGGCUUCAGUACGUCUACACAUGUAUUUUGGUAAUUACAAAUAGAGCAGAUGACUAAGAAAUUGACCAUGUGUAAGGGCAUAUUACCUGUGCAUGUGUACAAGGAUAUCAAGAUCCAGAAGUUCCCUAUUCCCUUUCCAGGUUCCUGCAGAAGAUUCAAUCGCCAAGAUUAAUUGGUUCCUACUUCCCACAACAUUUGACCAGUGAUAUUCAGAAAGGUAUCCAUGAGUUUAUCAGUCUCAGUUGGUCUGGCUGCUGCUAUUGGUGGGUCUAUUUAUAGCCAAAGGACUUGGUUUGUUUCAUUUCUGUCUCGUAUUCAUUCAGAAUUUAAGCAAGCAAUUGACUGCCUCAACCAUUGUAUUGUGAGCCCCAACCUAUUUGGGGGGGUUGGGGGUACCCCACAAGUCCUCAAGCAUGAUUCUAUUAAGAAUGCAGUUGCUCUAAUCAGGUUUGUAACUCUACACCAUCUCCAAAAUCUCCUCCUUAGAUGUUUGUUUUUUACCAGGGCUAUGAUAUUGACUGGUUACCUAAAAGCCCAUGCGGCAUAUUGGGAGGCUGGCCAUCUCGUUUCUGCUACCUCUGAUCGUGACCUUACUUUAGAUCGGUAAGUCGAGUGCGAAAAAUCACCUGAAAAUAAAUACAAUUCUGUUACAAUUGUUAAUGGCCAGCAUUUUAUCCUCUUACAAGCACUAAAAUCCCUAAACAAUGGCAGUAGAGGGAUUCUUGCUAACUAAUGAUGACUGAAAUAUGGAGAAGAUCAAACUCUCCCAGUAAUUUGAGCUAAAUAGCACUGCUAUAUAUUUCAAGAAUAUUUAAAAGAAUGAA